CCACCGCUACCUCUGUGCAUGGUGGCACCUAUCAAUACGAUUCUGAUUUUAUUUCAUAGUCAAACUAUCUAAAAAUUUGAGAACUCAAAAACAUAUUUAUAGCACCAAGCUGCGAAGCUAAAAUCCUUCUCAGGAGCAGUCGUAGAAACAGGACAACCACACACAGAUCCACAGUAAGAGAUGGCCGGAGAAGACGACGGCGAGCUGAAGCUGAUCGGGCAGUACGGGAGCGCUUUCGUCACCAGAGUGAAACUUGCUCUUCAUCUCAAGGGCCUGAGCUACGAGUACGUCGAGGAAGAUCUCCGCAACAAGAGCGCGCUCCUCCUCAGCUGUAACCCAGUGCACAAGGCGGUUCCCGUGCUGAUCCACAACGGCAAGCCUAUCUGCGAGUCGCAGGUCAUCCUGCAAUACAUAGAUGAGGCCUUCGCCGGCACCGGCCCGUCCCUCCUCCCGGCUGACCCCUUCGAACGCUCCGUAGCCCGUUUCUGGACUGCCUACAUCGAAGACAAGCUGGUGACCCCAUGGGAUCGAGUGUUCCGGGCGAAGACGGACGAGGAGAGGGAGGAGCCGCUCAAGCAGAUGUUGGCAGCAGUGGAGACUCUGGAGGGAGGCCUCAAGGAGUGCUCCAAGGGGAAACCCUUCUUCGGCGGCGACAGCGUCGGGUACGUGGAUGUCGUUCUGGGUGGUGCCGUCUCGUAUGCCAAGGGACACGAUGCGCUCUUUGGUGCCAAGCUCUUCGACGCUGAGAAGACGCCGCUCCUAGCCGCGUGGAUGGAGCGGUUCGGCGAGCUCGACGCGGCCAAGGCGGUCCUGCAGGACGUUGAUAGAGUGGUCGAGUACGCCAAGAUGCUGAUCGCCAAGAACGCUGCCAUGGCUUCAAAGAAUAACUGAUUGAACCAGCAAUCCGGCCGGCAUUGUUUUCUGAUGCCGAUUGCAAAUAGUACAGUGUUGCUGGUGGCUGUUUUUGGCAGUUGAUCCAUCCGAUUAUUAAUUACCGUGUGCUUGUAGCCAGGCUUAUCCUUGCACGAUUUUAUAUACCAACACGUCAUCAAGAUUGAAAUGAAACCAUCUAUAAAAUAACCUCAGCAAUGAGGCAUUUCAAUUUGU